GCAGCUUGUAACACCGUCAAAUAACCAACGGUUAGACAAGGUUUCAUUUAUAGAAUUUUUAGUAAUUAAUCGUUACUAAUUAGUAGAUGAUGAAAAUGAUUUGGAGGAUAGAACUGAUACCAUUAUUAGCAUCAUUUUUAUUGGCUGAAGAAUUGAAUACUGAGACAAAAAUUAAGGUAGACAAAGAACAUUUGGAGUUCGAUUUCGCUGGUAUAUUUGGCGACGUUGCGGAUAUAUUCUCAAAUUUUGAUAUAGACUUUCAAUACUUUGCGUUACAUGAUUUUGAUGAAAAUCAGAGACUUGACGGAUUGGAGCUACUUGUUGCUUUAAUUCAUCACUCUGAUGAAGAAGAAACAAAUUCAGUAAAAGAGGGAAACCUCUUGCUAAGUGUUGAAAAGCAGGUGGAUGACAUAUUCAAAGACCAUGACACGAAUAACGACGGAUUUCUAUCCUACAAAGAGUUCAUGUCAGUUCAACGUGUUUAUCCGGAUUUAAGUAGCGAUGGAGGAAAAUGAGUAGAAAGGAAGGAUUUGUUUUUUGGCUAACUUCAUUCGGUUUCAUCUGUGAUAAUAUAUUUGCUUCGUCGAGGAUAAUGGAUGAAUUUUUCGUGUAUAAACAGAGAGUCUGACAGUAAAAUAGUUAAAAAUGCA